AUGACCGAUAUAUUAACGCAGAUCGUUGAAAGAGGCUCUUGUAAAGCGACUAUGAUCAUCCGCUAUCACGUCGUUACGCCUGGGGAUCCUGACGACUUGUUUUGGCACCUGCUGCAAAUGUGUACAUAUCAUAUGGAUAAUGGACGUGGCCUCUUGCUAGAGGACGGCGUGGGGCUGUCAGCGGAGCCGUUUUCUGUUUCUGUGUGGUACAAUAAAUUCUUCCAAGUCUCGAGGCAGGAAUCAUUAGCAUAUGGGACGACGAUCCUCGGGUUUUUGGUGAGGUCAAUUAUGGGAUGGGGGUUUAGAGGUGCUAGGCCUGCGGCGGAACUUUUGAAAAAAAGUAUCAGGGCAUUUGUCGAACUUCUUGUUUCCAAAACUUCAAAAAAAGAAACUUGCGGAUACUUUGGAUAUGUCUCAUACUCCCAGCUCACUGCUGCUAAUCGCGAGGGCAAUUUCGUUGCCCUUAUAUACUACAGAAUGAUACUAGGGUAUUAUUCCAACAUACCCAAGCACGUGUUGAAAUGCUCAGGUCGUCCACAAAAUGAUCAAUGUGAUGAUGGAGGAAUAACUACGGAGCAAUGCAUCAUUGUUUCCUCGAACGUGAUGCGCUUGGAAUUCCAACAGCGCCCGCGUUGGGGAAUCAAGAUGCAGGUCGAACAUUAUUUAAAAAUGAACCCCAAUGCAUAA